AUGAAUUCUUCAGAAUUCAACAGCACCUAUGGAAACGAAACGCGGCAUAUAAUUCCAUCUUCGAAGCAAUUCAUCUUGAUUGAUGAUAUUUAUUUGUUCUAUGGUUAUUCGGUAGUCGUUCCUAUGUCUAUCAUCAUCAUCCUCAUCAUCAUACUCGCCAUCGGUGGCAACAUCAUGGUCAUCAUCACAAUUCUUCGCCAUAGAGGAAUGCGAACUAGGACUAACAUGUUCAUCGUGAACUUGGCUGUAGCAGACAUACUGGUUGCGGCAAUGGACAUGCCAGUGUCUUUAAUAACUAUCCUGAAAGGACGUUGGGUGUUUGGAUACCCUCUGUGUCAACUAAAUGGGUUCACCAUGGCCCUGUUUCUCAUAUGCUCCAUACAUACGCUCAUGUACAUUUCUGUGCAUAAAUAUAUUUCAAUUACAAGGCCAUUUUCUAGAGCCAUGACUCCAAAGCGGAUAAAAAUUAUGAUAGCGGCUUCAUGGAUGUGGGCCAUGUUUUGUGCCAUAGGACCCUUGAUUGGGUGGAACAAAAACGAAUACAAAAUGGUGAGUAAAUUUCGGGGGGCUAGUCAAUGUGGGCCAGCCAUUCCAAUGGGCCUCAAGGAGAAGUCCCAUUCUGCGCUGAUAACCAUCAGCAACUACCUGAUUCCCCUGGCCAUCAUGAUCUUUUGCUACUCCCGGAUUUUUCGCGAAAUCCACGUGCACAUGAAACGGAUACGCAAGACGUCCAACAUCGACCUGGAGAACUCAGUGGCCCAGCAGAAGAAGGUGGCCAUCACGCUAUUCUGGGUCCUGGCGUGCUUUCUGCUCUGCUGGACACCUUUUGUGCUUUAUUCGAACGCGGCUGUUUUCAUCAAAGACAAGAGUAAAUUGCCCCCUAUACUCAAUCCUCUGGCGUACUGGUGUGGGUAUCUUAACUCUGCUUGCAACCCUAUCAUCUACGCCUUUAGAAGUCCAUCUUUCAGAAAAGGAUACAAGGAAAUCAUGUGUGGAACUCCAGAGCAUAACCUCAGUACGGAGUUUGUGCUUCGCAUUCAAGUCACCGAAGAGGAUGAAGUUUUCAGUGUUUUUGGUGAUUUUGUCGAGAUCAGCGAUGGUGGGGGUUUUGAGGGGGGGAAUAUAAGCAGAGCAAAUGUUGACCUUAGAGUUGUUUAUGGAGAUGGUGAUAGUCGUGUUUUCAAAGCUGGGGGUGUCAAUAGUAUUGAUGUUGUGAUUAAGGCUAUGACGAAUAAAAAUGAGGGUGCCUCCACCUUGGCCUAUGAGGCGAUCGUUGCGUUGGCAGACGUAAUUUGGAAUGGUGGCGCGAGUACCAGCCUUGAGAUGGGUUUCCUGGACAAGAAUAAUGUCCGGUUCAUAGUCGGCAGCGAAAUCACGAAGCUCGCUAAUUUUGGAAGAUAUGCCAUUGGCAUUCCAGGAAACCAAACGCAGGCUGUUACUCGCGGCCAUUAUUGA